AUGAAGGUCCUUCUCGUUGGCGCCAACGGAAAUCUUGGUCUGCGACUCGUUGCAGCACUCCUUACCCACGGCCAUGAAGUCGUUGCGUACGUCCGCUCGUCGAACAAACUCGAAGCCCUCCUUCUAGCAAGCGUAUACAGCCAGAUUGUUGUCGUCGAGGGAAACGCCACAGACACCUCCUCAAUCAGCCGUGCGAUCCUCGAGAACGAUUGUGAAGCUGUCGUCAACACUGCUGGUGUAGCAGCCAUGGCGCCUUGGAAGAGAAACAACUUGCCAGAGAUCUUUUCCGCGGUGCUCAAAGGUACGCAACAAGCUGGAUCAGAAAGAGGCCAGCCCCUGCGGAUCUGGCUUCUCGGAGGUUUGGGUGUGUUGACCUUCCCUGGGACAGAAACCAUGCUCUCGAAUCACGUGCCGAUCUUCCUCGAACAUCGUCAGAACAUCAAGCUCCUCAAAGCCUUGCCACCUCGUUCGGUCGACUGGUCUCUGCUUUGUCCAAGCACUAUGACCGCCGAGAACCUGGAAAUCAGCGUGCCGACCAAGUCCACCCAUAAUAGGCUGACUGCCAAGGCUACAUCGCCACCACUAUGGAAGGACUCGUGGCUCAAACAUAUUCCGUUCCUCGGAAAGGUCCUUAUCGCAGCGAUGAACGCGCCACGCUAUGAGACUACUCUGGAGCAGAACGCCGAUUUCAUUGCAAGCGAUCUGAGAGACCGUGAGAGCCGCUGGAUUGGAGUACCGGUUGGAGUCAUCAAUGUGUGA